AUGGAACUCAAGAACAUUGCAAUCCUUGGUGUAGGUCUAUUCUUCCCAGGAGGAAACGUUGGUAACGCCAUCAUUACCGAGCUCCUCAAAGACGGAUCCCGCUUUAUGAUCACCGCAGUCACGCGCUCAACAUCAUUCUACACACCAACUUCCACGACCAUCACUCACCGCACCGUGGACUAUACGUCCUUUGUCUCUCUCCAAACCGCACUCCAGGGUCAGGACGCCGUAGUAAACUGUAUCACAGGCGGAGCCACACACUAUGAGCCAUCCAAACUCAUCAUCGACGCAGCAAUCGCUGCAGGCGUCAAACUCUUUUUCGCCAACGAAUUUGUUGGGAAUAUAAUGCGCGAGCAGUUCAAGAGAUUGCCAGAAGCGUUUGUAGGCGGCAAGUGUAGAAUUCGGGAGUAUCUGGAGAAGUUGGGGAAGGAAGGGAAGAUUGCGUGGACGAGUUUGAAUGGAGGGCCGUUUUUCGACAUGUGGCUGAUGAAAGGUCCCGCAGGCUUCGACAUACCUAACCACCACGCCCGCAUCUAUGGCACCGGGAACCAACCCUUAUACUGGACCCCUCUCUCCACAGUCAGUCUCGCAGCUGGAAACAUGCUCCGCAACCCUCUUCCUAUCCUCAACCGACCCAUUCUCAUCUGUCCCUUCCCAUCCGCGUCCAACCUCACGCAAAACACGCUGCUUCGCACCCUGGAAAAGCUUCUUGAUACGGCGUUCAGCGUUGAGCACGUUGAUAUGGACAAGAUUCAUCGAAAUGCUUUGAUCGUCUUGGAGAAGUGGAAGCAAGGGGGCGAGCAAGAAGAAGGAAAAGCGCAGAUGGGCAAAGCGAUAAAGGGGCUAGCGGUAUGUCACCAGUUCUAUGAGGGUGAUGACGAUGCGAACCAUAUUGGUCAAACUGUUCAGAAUGAGAUUGUUGGUGUAAAGGCCAUGCAGGUGGAAGAUGCAGUAAGGGAUGCGCUAGAGCAUUAUGGGAAAGAGUGUCAAGUUGUUCAGGGUAUGUUCAACGUGGAGGCUUGUGAGAUCUGA